AUGGCAAAGGGUAAUGAAAACAUUGCUACUUUCUUCACAACGGCUAGUAGUGUUGUUAACAUUAUUGGAGCAUCGUGUAAGCGUCGUGAUGCACUUAGAGAGCAACAACAAAAAGAUAUUAUGAAAGCUCUUGAAAUUGAUGAUCUUGAAACAGGGCAAGGGUUAAAUCAAGAGACUACUCUCAAACGUCCUUGUGAUACACGUUGGAACUCACAUUAUGAUACUUUACUGAGUAUUAAUACUAUGUUUCAUCCCGUGGUGAAGGUGCUUGAAUGGAUUGUUGAUGAUGUCAACCAAGGUAAUUUAGGUGAAGCAAAUAGGUUAUUGAAAGAAAUACAAACUUUUGACAUUGUGUUUCACCUAUAUUUGAUGAGAUUUAUAUUGGGAAUCACAAAUGAUUUGUCAAAGGCAUUACAAAAGAAAGAUCAAGAUAUUGUGAAUGCAAUGAUGUUGGUGCAAAGAUGUAAGCAAAAGCUACAAUCCAUGAGGGAUGAUGACUUUGAUGAUCUGCUUGGCAAAGUAUCAAUAUUUUGUGGCAACAAUGAUAUUGAUGUUCCUAACAUGGAUGAUUUAUUUGUACCACAAGGGAGAUCACGUCGUAAAGCUCAGAAAAUCACAAACCGCCAUUAUUAUCAUGUGGACCUAUUUCUUACUAUCAUUGAUAAGAAACUAGUGGAAUUGAAUAAUCGCUUCACUGAGGUAAAUACUGAAUUGCUUCUUUGUAUGGCAUGUUUGAGUCCAGCUUAUAAUUUUGCAGCUUUUGACAAACAACAAAUACUUCGUUUUGCUCAAUUUUACCCUCAAGAAUUUAAUGACCGAGACCUCAUGAAGCUUGAAGAUCAACUUGGGCUUUAUAUUGUUGAUAUGCAGAGCAGCACUGAGUUUUCAUCAUUGAAAGGAAUUACUGAUCUGGCAGAAAAAUUGGUGAAUACAGGAAGGAGUAGAAUAUACAACUAUGUAUAUUUACUUCUUACAUUGGCUUUAGUUUUACCCGUUGCAACAGCUUCAGUUGAGAGAGCUUUUUCAGCUAUGAAUAUUGUGAAAACACCAUUGCGUAACAAAAUAGGGAAUCAAUGGUUGAGUGAUAGCUUGGUUGUUUACAUUGAGAAAGAUGUUUUUUCUUGUAUUAGUAAUAUAAAUAUAAUGCGACGUUUUCAAGAUAUGAAAUCUCGUCGGCAACAAUUGUAG